AUGGCAUCCAAGUAUGACAAUUAUACCAGGGAGCAGCUAGUACAACGCAUUCUGGAUCUGGAGUCUCACAAUAUACCCUCUACUGACUGUCAACAUACUACGGUUGCACCUUUGAUAAAAAACAAGAAACAGAAACAAAGGCGUGAAAAAAGGCCAUUUGACAUGUCGAAAUAUACCCAGCGUAAAAUUGCGUUACGCAUAGCUUAUCUAGGGUGGAAUUACAGUGGAUAUGCCAGCCAAAAUAAGCCCGACGAAGUUCCUACAGUCGAAGACAAACUAUUUCUCGCCCUACAAACGGGUCAUCUCAUUGAGAAUAUAGAAGACAGUGACUACAGCCGUUGUGGAAGGACCGAUAAAGGAGUGAGUGGAUUAGGUCAAGUGAUAGCACUUAAAGUGAGAUCCAAAAAAUUGCGAGAACAAUACGAGAAAGAUGCUACGCUACCCCCACCAGCCGAAGAAAUACCCUACAUAGAUAUGCUGAAUCGUAUGCUGCCGCCAGACAUUAGAGUAUUGGCUUGGACACCAGUCGACGACAGUUUCAACGCAAGAUUUGAUUGUACAGGCAGAACGUAUAAGUACUUCUUUUGUAAUCGUCAUUUGAACAUUGCCAACAUGCAGAUAGCCUGUGGUUAUUUCGAAGGACAACACGAUUUUCGCAAUUUCUGUAAAGUAGAUCCUUCAAAAAAUAUCACGAAUUACGAGCGCCAUAUACGAUCCAUGAAAAUCAAACCAGCGGAAAAACUGAAUCAACACAUGUCUGAUGAUAGCAGCUGCAGUGACCUCACCUCACCCUCGUCGGCAACGUCAUUUUAUGAACUCGAAUUGAAAGGCUCUGCAUUUUUAUGGCAUCAAGUACGAUACAUGAUGUCUGUGCUUUUUAUGGUUGGCCAAGGAUUAGAAAAGCCUGAAAUUGUGUUGGAACUGUUGGACAUUGAUAAAAUUCCUUCAAAGCCCGAUUUUCCUAUGGCCAGUGAUCUGCCUCUGGUACUUUAUGAUUGUGAAUUCAAGGCACUUCAAUGGUACUAUUCAACUCAACAAGGAGAAAACAAAUAUGAACCUAUACCAUCUGCCUAUAGAACCUAUUUACAUUAUCACGAAGAAUGGCAAAAGCAGAUGAUUUGUACGUUGACGACACAGUAUUAUUUGAAUGAAGUAGGCAGUUUUUUGGUCACUAUGCCAGACGAGAAAAAGAAAGACACAGUAGAUGCUUUUGAUAAAGUCCAAAGUGAACUACAGCAGCAGCAGUUAUCCCAACGGAAAGGAUUGGGUGCCGUCAAUUUGGUGAUAGGAGGUGGUAAAGAGAGUAAAAUAGCAAAAUAUAAACCUAUUUUGUUAAGACCACGUUGUGAUUCAGAUGAAUUAAAGAAGGAGAAAUUUCAAGCACGUAAAAAACGAAAGCUGGAUCAACAGCCUGAACAGUCAAAGGAUAUUGCGAUGAAAGAACAAGUAGAAUAAAAGACUU